AUGACGACAACCCAGCCUGGGCCAGAGAGCCAGGCAAGCUCCUCUUCCUCCUCCCUCAAGUCACGCCUCGCCGCCGUCCUCCCCUCCGGCAAACCAUUCCACAUAUACCACGUCUCCACUCCGCCGACGAGAUGCGACGCGCUGUGUUCUCCACCACCAGGCCAGCGCCCCGACCGCACUUACUGCGAGAAGCACUUCCUAGCCGUGUCCAUUGACCGACCUGCUACCGAUUAUGCCUCUGGGCCGACACAGAAAGUUCUCGUGCUAGGCGUGGAGAUAUUCAUCUUCACCACCGCGCGCGCCACGACAAUCUUCGUCGCCAAGGCCGACUCAACGGGAUACCUGCAUCUUCUCAACCUGCCCGCAGGCACACCGAGCCCCAUCCGCCUGAUAUGCGCCACCUUUGUGGGCUUCCUCGUGGAGCACCGACGGCGGCGCGACGUUCAGUUUGUCAUCAGCCUCUUCGCUCGCGCCCAGUCACAGUACCUGUUUCCCGGGAGCGCCGACAACAAAGGCAAGCAUGUACUCGAUGACCGCGGGCUGGUGAAAUGGUGGUGUCGUGUGCUAGACCCUCUCCUCGGCGACACAGUGGGCGGUUAUCUCGUCAUCCCCGGGCUGGACGCCUACGAGACGCGCGCAUUUACACCGUGCGGCCGUAGCAGCAAACGCAGCUGGACUACAGACCGUCACCCUCUGGAGAAGAUAUCGCCAUACACGCGCGAAUUCGACUGGGUGCCGCCCCGCUGCCUGAUCCCGGCCUACCCCGAUGACCCGAAAUCCCGCUUCAGCAGGGAACUCGAUGAGGAAGCCUCUAACACGCGCUCAUUCCGCACGACGGGCUCCUGGAGGAGCGUAGGGAACCUUGCCACGUUCUGGGAAAUGAUGGCCUUCCGACAGGAGUGUUCCAGCGGGCGACUGACAGGCUUCAUUUGGGUGGUAUACGACGACAAGGAACCGAAGCCAGAGUCGGGCCAGCACAACCAGCCCCCCCAGACCCCCAAGAAGCAGCAGAAGCAGCUCACAGACAUAACACCCUCCACCACACCGCGCAAGCUCUUCCCCACCGAAAGGGACAAGAUUGGGACAGAAGACGAAAAGAAGGCGACUGCGGAGAAGGGAAAGAAGAACAAGAAAAAGAAGGGGCAGACAAAGAAGCUGAGUGGAAUCGUCGUCGCCCGUCAGCCCCGCAUCAAGAUCGCCCAGAGGAACUACCUCCUCGACCGCCCCGCCCGCACAGCAUAUUACUCGUGGGGCCCUGCCGGCCGCGGUGACCGCAUCGUCAGCGACACAGACUACAAACGCAUGUCUGAGCUGCUUCUCCACCUGGACUUUAGCUCUAUCGACAAAGCGGCCGGUAGUACGCGCCGCUGGGUCAGCGAGGUGGCACUCGGUUCGCCGUGGGGGUACGCGGUGAUGGGAGAGGCUGACUAUCCCCCCUUGCAACAACCGGCGCCACCUACUGCCGCCACCACUGCCGCCACGAUUCAGCGCGGGCCACAGCAGGUCAAUAACUUGACUGGCCUGGUCAAGAGAAAGAGAUCGGAGUCCAAUGCUCCUACGGUGUCGACUGAACCCAAAGUCCUGGCGGCUGGACUGGUUAGGAAGAAGCCCAAGGCUGAUGACAAGUCGACUUGA